AUGACUUAUCAGUUAUAAUUAUUUAUAUAUUUUAUCAAAAUUCAAAAUUCUUUAUGCGUCUCUAAUUUCAUCAUACCCGGCAUAUUCGUUAUUAUACUUUUAACGUAAAUAUUUAAAUGUAUUGAUUACUGAAUCAAAUAAAUGUGUAGCAGUGUUUGAUUAAUAUGUCAACUUGAGGUAUAUGAUCUAAUUUGAAUCAACUAAUUUAUUAAUAAUGUCUGAGGAAGUAAUAUUACUGAAGGAUCUCAAACUUGUUCCUGACAAGUAUUACAAUUACACACAAGCUUUAAAAAAUUCUAAAACACCUAUUGUUAUUGAUAAUGGUUCAUUUACUUGUAAAGCUGGUUGGGCAACAUCUAAAACACCAAAUUUGACUUUCAAAAAUAUUUUAGCACGUCCAAGAAAAGAACGUGGAAAAAAAGAUGGUGAAACAUUAAUAGGAAAUGACAUACCUAAUAUUGAAGCAGUCAGGUUCCAAUUGAAAUCACAAUUUGACCGCAAUGUUAUUACUCAAUUUAAUGUUCAAGAACAGAUUUUCGACUAUACUUUUUCACAUUUAGGCAUUGAUAGCAAUGGAAGUAUAAACCAUCCAAUAUUAAUGACAGAACCUGUUGCCAAUCCUAAUUAUUCUCGGCUUUUAAUGUCAGAAUUAUUAUUUGAAUGUUAUCAUGUACCUGGCAUUUGUUAUGGAAUAGACGGACUAUUCAGUUACAAACAUAAUAUUGGUAAAAAAACUGGACUUGUCAUUAAUUGUGGCCAUCAUACAACCCACAUCAUACCUGUAAUCAAAGGUACUCCAGACUUAUUGAACACUCGUCGAAUUGAUGUUGGUGGAUAUCAUAUUACCUAUUACUUACAUAAAUUGCUUCAACUUAAAUACCCAGCACAUUAUAAUGCUAUUACACCUAGCCGAGCAGAGGAAUUGCUCUAUGAACAUGGAUUUCUGGCGGUUCAUUAUACAGACAUGUUAAAAAAAUGGUCAGAUGCUGAUUAUUAUGAUCGUAAUGUCAAACGAAUACAACUCCCAUAUUCCAUGACUGUUGUUUUAACACCUGAUCAACAACGUGAUAAAAGAAGAGAAAUGGCUAAAAAACUAGUGGAAAUGAAUGCUAGAAAAAGAGAUGAAAAAUUAGCUGAAGAUGAAGAACAGCUUCAACAGUUAUUAUUAAUUCAAGAGAUGAUUGAUGAUGGAGAACCUAUUGAAGAAGUCAGAGAAGUAUUAAAGUCUCAUGGAUUGAAAAAUGAAAAAGAUCUAAGAAAAUUAAUUUCUGAUCUUCAAACUAGAAUUGAUAGAGCUAAAUCUAAAAUUGCCGCUUCUCUUAAUGCUUCUAAUGUUGAAGAACAUGUUACAGAAGAACCCAAAUUAAGACUUUUUAAAAAUAAAAUUCAAUUACCAAAAGAAGAUACUAUUUCAAAAACUUGGCUCAAAGAUAUAUAUAAAAGGAGACAAGACAUAAUAGAUAAAAAGGCUGUGAGAAAACAACGUAGACAGGAUAUGGCUAAAAGAGGAACAGCUGCAUCUUUAGAAAGAAUGCGGUUAAUUAGUCAGUUAGCUAGAAAAGAUAAAAGAGAUGAUGAUUUUGGUAGCAGGGAUGAAGAUUGGGAUGUCUACAAAGUUAUUAAUAAAGAAGGUGGAGACACUGACAGUGAUGAAGAACAAGAAAAGAUUACCGAACUAGAAGAAAUUAUACGGUUUUAUGAUCCUACAUUUGUUAGUUCUAAUACCAACGAAGAGCAAAAUCCCAAAGAAGCUCACCAAUUGCAUUUUGGUAUAGAGCGUAUGAGGUGUGCAGAAGUACUUUUUCAACCAUCAAUGAUUGGCUGUAGUCAAGGUGGAAUAACUGAUACCGUAGAGUUUAUUUUAAAAAAAUAUAAUGCAGAAACAGCUAAUGCUUUAGCAGAAAAUUUAUUUUUGACUGGUGGUCCAACAAAAUUGCCAGGGUUCAAGGAACGGGUUUAUAGGGAACUCAGAGAGAUGAGACCAUUAGAAACUAAUAUAAAUGUAAAAUUAUCUAAUUCGCCUUUACUGGAUUCUUGGUAUGGUGCUAAAGAAUUUGCAAACAGUGGAGAUUUUCACAAAUAUUUAUUAACACCAGAAAUGUAUGCAGAACAUGGUGGUGAUUAUUUCAUUGAAAACUAUUGUUCUAAUAUGUAUUGUCCACUCCCAGAAGCUAUUCAAGAACCUGAAGGUUUGAGCGAACAAAACCAAGAAAUUUAAUAAUUAUUUCGAAUAUAUUUUAUAAUUACCUAACCAAACUAUGAAGUGUAACUUUUAUUUAUU